UAUGAAUCAGCCCUAUCAGCUGGUUUUUUAAAUGCUAAAAAUGCAAAAAUCUGGCAAUUUUUUGUUAACAAUUACCACGAAAUAAUGAUGAAAUAGCGACAAUUGACCAACAGUUUACUUAUUAUUGUUGUCCUAUAAUAUUUGCUGAGGGUGUAGAUUUUGUUUGUUGAAGUUCUAACACCACAGGUUAGACUAGUUUUAUUUAUUUCUAUACAGAAUGAAUACAUGUUGAGGCGUAGAAGACCCCUUUAUCAGAAAACAUCUAUAAAUUUCCUCAUCAUAACAUCCAUAUGCAGAAGUGGAAAGUAAAGCAGUACAACAGGUGAUGAGUGCGUCAGAGACGGUCGGCAUCCUGGUCAACACCGGCGCGGCCCCCGAGCCCCCUUUGAGGCCCGCGCCCCUAUCCGUAGUCUGUCACAGUAGCGACGGCGAGGACGUGCCCCUCGUUCCCGAAGUGACGUUCGACGGCAACUUGGAUUCGCCGGGCAUCAAUCGAGAGUCUCAGCCCCUUUUAGGGGGGCUCGAGAUCUCUUAUAAUCAAUUUCCAGAUGAUCCAGAGUUCAGUGAAUUGAUAUGGCAGACGGAGACAGCUAUAGAUAAUGGUAUAUUUCCAGAGAGGAUAUCCCAAGGGUCCAGUGGGUCUUAUUUUGUUAAAAAUCAAGCAGGGAAAACGAUAGCAGUUUUUAAACCGAAAGAUGAAGAACCUUACGGCAGACUGAACCCGAAAUGGACCAAAUGGAUGCACAAACUGUGUUGUCCUUGUUGUUUUGGCAGGUCCUGUCUCAUACCGAACCAGGGGUACCUUUCCGAGGCUGCAGCUUAUCUUGUGGAUCACAAAUUAGGAUUGCAUAUUGUUCCAAAAACUAGAGUAGUAAAAUUGGUAUCAGAAACUUUUAAUUAUUUAAGAAUAGAUAGGCAAAAAGCUAGAGUAAAAAGGGCAAUCAUGGAACAAUUUCCAAAUGUAGGCUUAAGAUUCAAUAGGAUAGGAUUACCUCCAAAGAUAGGAUCAUUUCAAUUUUUUGUCGACAACUACAAAGACGCCCAUUAUUGGCUGUCAAAGUUCGAAAUGGAACCCCUAGCACCCCCAUUAGCUAAAAAAUUCCAGCUCCAAUUCGAACGACUAGUUGUUUUAGAUUAUAUUAUUAGAAACACAGACAGAGGAAACGAUAAUUGGUUGAUAAGAUAUGAUCAUCCUACUAUAGCCAAUGGAAGCACUGUCAGUGCCCAAGUGGAACUUACAGAUACUACAGAUUGGAACAUGGUCAAUAUGCCAGAAAUAAAAAUUGCGGCCAUCGAUAAUGGUUUAGCUUUUCCUUAUAAACAUCCAGAUAGUUGGAGAGCUUACCCGUACCACUGGGCAUGGCUGCCACAAGCCAAAGUACCAUUUGGCAAAGAAAUAAAAGAACUUGUCUUGCCUUUAUUAAGCGAUAUGAAUUUUGUACAGGAUUUAUGCGACGAUCUUUAUUUGUUAUUCAAACAAGAUAAAGGGUUUGAUCGAAACUACUACGAACGUCAAAUGUCUGUGAUGAGAGGGCAAAUCUUGAACUUGACUCAAGCUUUGAAAGAUGGAAAAUCGCCUGUACAGCUUGUGCAAAUGCCAGCUGUUGUUGUUGAAAAGUCUCAGGGUCAUCAUCAUCGAUUCUUCAACUUUACGCAACGCUUCCAAGAUAAAAGUCCAUUUUUUUCAUGGUGUUAACAAAAAUCAUUUUGUAUAUUCAUUGUGUUUUAGAUAUAAUUAUUUUCAGUAGCCAAACUGACUUGAGGUUGUCUCAAGUAUUAUUUUAUACAAAUUUUACAUUAUUAUCAAUUUGUUGGGUAUUAAAUAGAUGCCAACCUACAAAAAAAUUUACACUCGACUAGUUGUGUCAUCUAGAUUAUAAAACUUCACUUUUUAAGGUAUACUUGAACUUGGUAGAGUUAUUAUAGAUUUUUUAUGUACAUACAAUGUGAUCAAAUCUAUUUGUAUAUUUAAGGCAUAAUUAUUAUUGUUUUAAAAAUAUUGCUUAUUAUUCAUUUUAUUAAUACAGGGUGUGUAUGUUAUUCAACUAAUGAAAAAUGCUGAACUUGAUUUGUUUUUUUUUUUCUGAAAGUGAUAAUCUGCUCAUAUUGUAUAAAAUAUCUUAAAUUUUGAAUUAUUAUAGGCAUUACUAUGGCUGGUGAUAAAAUUUAUAGUCAUUCUUCUUGUAGCGAUUUUGAUUUUUAAAGAUUGUAUUUUAGGAAUAAAUAAGUGAUAAAGCCCAAUACAAUUAUUUAUUUUAACAAAGUGUAUAUAAUAUUAUUAUUUGAAUUAAAGUUACUACAAUUAAAGAAAAAGCAUUUUAAUUUUAUAUGCCUGUUGUGUCGCAUUGAGUCUUGAGCCUGGAUACUUUAGGAUCGUCGUGGCGAAGGACCACAUAAUUGGCUCUAUAGGUUCUGUUAUCUCCGUCAUUGUCGUAGUAACGUUUACAUGCCACUACAGACAAUCCUAUACCUG